AUGAUAAACAAAACAAAAACCUUCAUACUCUACACCACCAACCUCUUUUCCAGCGGCCGCACUGGAAAGAUCUACCUCCACGCCUUCGAGCCGGCACCUUCCCCAACCACUACCACCCGCGGCAAGCCCAUCAACAUCGGCUUCUCCUAUCCCGGCCUCACCAAGGCAAAGAGCCCGGCCGCAAAAUGGCAGUCCAAGAUAGGUAACAGCGUAGCCAAGUCCCCCUUCGCAACCGCCCAAUCCAUGGGCACGAGGGGCAUGCCGUUCACCGUCAGCGGGCCGCUCGCCAAUAAGGGCAAAUUCAAGAUGCGUGGUAAGUGGGUCAAGUGUGUUGACUGGCUAAGGACCGAGAUGGUUGAGGGCCUUACGGGGGAGGGGGAGAGCGCUAGGGAGGGGCAGGCGGCGUAG